CUUAGUCUCCAAUUCUCUGCACUUCCUCACGGCGAGUAUUUAAUUGCGUGGUUAUUUUGUUUUUGAGGUAAUUAACGGGGCGCUCCAAACAAACGCCGGGUAGACUUCUGAUGCGCACGCUGGCUGAAGUUUAGCGCACGAAUCUUUCUGCCCGUUUUGAGGAAAAAUAAAUAUUCUCGACCUCUGACCCAGUGCGUGUCAACCUUUGGAGUGGCCGCGAUGCAAAGACUGCAGGUUUUGAAGGAAACUUUCCAUGGCUUGGAUGUUUUCCAGCAGCGGCUUCUUAUCGGGUCCGCAGUGGCAGCUGGCGGAAUACUGGCAUACUUGGUGCACAACAGGACAAAAGUGAAAACCAUUCCUCUUGGUGAAGGAUGGUGGGGAGCGGGGAGAAAGCCACAUUCAGAGGACGAUGCAAUAUAUCCCUUCAAAGUGCAAACGUCAGAUAAAGAGAUUCGGGACCUCCAUGAGCGCAUUGACAGAACCCGUUACACUGAUCCCUUAGAAGAUAGUGGCUUCCACUAUGGCUUCAAUUCCACUUAUCUCAAGAAAGUGGUUUCCUACUGGAGACAUGAGUUUGAUUGGAAGAAGCAGGUGGCAGUGCUCAAUGAGUAUCCACACUUCAAAACCAAAAUAGAAGGACUGGAUGUCCACUUCAUCCACGUGCGCCCACCUCAACGCGAGAAUCAGAAGGUUCUGCCUCUCAUGCUCGUCCAUGGCUGGCCGGGCUCCUUCUACGAGUUCUACAAGAUUCUCCCACUUCUCACACAGAGCCACGACGGCAUUGCAUUUGAGGUCAUAUGCCCGUCCAUCCCUGGCUACGGCUUCUCUGAAGCUCCUCAUAAACAAGGGUUCGACAGCCUCGCUGCCGCCAGGAUUUUCCUGACACUGAUGGAGCGUUUGGGGUUCUCACAGUUCUAUCUGCAGGGAGGAGACUGGGGCUCCCUCAUCACCACCAACAUGGCACAGAUGAAGCCCCAGUGUGUGAAAGGUCUCCACAUAAACAUGAUCCUGGCAAAGAGAGGUUUCAAAAUGCUGUUGUCCCUCAUAAUUGGUCCAUAUCUGCCCUUCCUGGUGGGCUUCACUCGGGAGGACGUUCGCCGCUUGUUCCCCUUCUUUCAGAAGAAUGUCUGGGAAAUACUGAAGGAAACGGGCUACAUGCACAUUCAGGGAACUAAACCAGACACUGCAGGCUGUGGAGUGAAUGACUCACCUGUAGGUUUGGCAGCCUACAUCCUGGAAAAGUUUUCCACCUGGACCGAGCUGAAGAACAGAGAACUGGAGGAUGGCGGACUGGAAAGAAAAUUCAGCCUGGAUGACCUCUUGACAAAUGUCAUGAUCUACUGGACCACAGGCUCCAUAGUGUCCUCCAUGCGCUUCUACAAAGAAAACUUACAGAGUGAUCCUGAAAAUAGAGUGGAUGCAAAGACUAAAGUUUUUGUGCCUACUGGACUGGCUGCCUUCCCUGGAGAGCUGAUGCAUUGCCCGAAAUCAUGGGCGCGGCCUAAGUAUCACGACAUCUACACCUACACUUUCAUGCCGCGCGGUGGCCACUUCGCUGCCUUUGAAGAACCCGAGCUGUUAGCCAACGACAUUUUAAAUUUUGUCAAGAAAGUAGAGAAGAAGUUCUGAACCGUUUGAUGCACUUAUGGCACAGUUGCUUUUUUUUAUUGAUUAUUCCAAAUGGGAUACAUGUUGAUCCUUGUAGCUUGGAUCUUCUCCACACUACAAUGCGUCAUGUCGCUUGAUUAUUGCAGAGUUUUGAAAGUAAACAUGCACAGUUAAUACUAGCACCUAUAUGCAUUCAGAAUAAAUGAAGCAAUAUAGUUGA